UUCCAUAACGACGUUGCAUAAGCACUAUGAUAACGAAUCGCGAGUGCGAGAGGGUUGGACCUUUGACGGGUCCCCAGUGCGGCCCUGUGUAGUGGCAAAAUCACCCUUCUUCAGUUUGUUGUGUAGUUGAAACGGUUUAGGAUAAAUGACGACUGUUUAAUCAAUCAGUCAGACCGUGAUUAUCGAUACAACCGGCCCUCAGAGACAAUGCAUCCUUCCAAAAAUCUGGGUCGUCCCUCGUAGCUUCUAGGAAAGCUACGAAUCGAUAUCGACGCGAAUGCUAGAAAAGAAACGUGAACGUGUUAAAAAAAAAGAAAAAGUGUCGAUAAUAUGUAUCAUGUGAAAAAUGCAUAUGUAUACUUACGAUAACGUGCGACGCUUGUUAAGCCGUAUCCACACUGUAGACGUUGCUAUUGACAGCUAAAAAUGAGUCGGGGUCGAUCAGACAAGCCGUGUGACGUUGGUUAAACAACUGCUAAUUCUGAUUUGUGUGCUGAAACAACUUUCUGACGUCUUCGGGUACGAUGACGAACGAGAGACUGGACCUGGACAAGCCACUGUGGGACCUCAACAGCUUCACAGGAAGAUGGAAGUACUUCGCCUGGAUGACCGACUUCCGCACCUGCGUCGUCUCUGAAUCAGCGCUACUUGCUGCCAAAAACUUAUGCGAGCAGUACAGACUUGGCAAAGAGCCAGCCGAUACAACCAGAGAGCAGAUCAUCUAUGCGAAGAAGCUGUACGAGUCGGCCUUUCAUCCCGACACCGGCGACCUGCAAAAUGUUUUCGGCAGGAUGUCCUUCCAGGUGCCGGGAGGUAUGGCUAUCACCGGCGCGAUGCUUCAGUUUUACAGGACGACGCAAGCGGUGGUUUUCUGGCAGUGGGUCAACCAAUCUUUCAAUGCACUUGUCAAUUAUACCAACAGGAAUGCUAACAGUCCCAUAACCACUAGUCAACUAGGUGUAGCUUAUGUUAGCGCUACCGUUGCGGCUAUGAUAACCGCAAUAGGGUGCAAAUCGUUUUGGGAGAAACGCGCGAAUCCUUUGAUGGCUAGAUACGUUCCGUUCGCCGCAGUGGCAGCCGCUAAUUGCGCUAAUAUCCCUCUAAUGAGACAAAACGAAAUAAAAAACGGCGUAGAACUCGUAGAUGACGAUGGCAGAAAACUCACGAGAUCGAAGUUUGCGGCUGUGAAAGGCAUUUCGCAAGUCGUUAUUUCGAGAAUUGUCAUGUGCGCGCCCGGCAUGCUUAUUCUACCGCCUAUAAUGGAAAAAUUGGAGAAGUACGCUUGGAUGCAAAGAAUUAAACCUAUGCACGCUCCAAUACAAAUUAUGAUGUGCGGCAUUUCACUCUCAGUUAUGGUGCCGACGGCGUGUGCGUUGUUUCCGCAAAAUUGCUUUAUCAAAACAACCACUCUACAACGCUGGGAGCCGGAAAAUUACGAACUGCUGAAGAAAAAUUGUGAAGGAGGCGCGAUACCGGCGUAUUUGUACUUUAACAAGGGAUUAUAAUGUUAUGAAAAAUUCUAGUUCAGAAGAAACUUAGAUAAGUGCUAUUCCAUCCUUUGCAAGUGUCGUGAUCUCAACUGAUACACUCAUGACGAAUUCUUCUACUGAAUCAGAGUCGAACCCGUGAUUGAUAACAUCAUUAUCAAAAAUCAAUUGUUGCAAUAGCACCUCUUUUUUUUUAAUACAUUGUUUUAAAAGGUCACGAGACUUUUAAAAUAGUGGUUCAAAGCAAUUAACUUAAUUUCUAACACCGCCUUGACAACUGUUAGAAGUUAGGAUUAGUUACGAAACGUCAUAUGUAUAUCCACAGAAUGAUAGAAUGAAAUUUCAUCGACACGUUGAGAUAUGUAAUAGAAAGUCGUUAACUGCAAUAUAAAAAUGAUAAGUAGUGAAGGAUGAAACGUUGACAAUACAGUUUGGUGCUUUGGUAGACUAAUCACAAACCGUAGCAAUAAUUUCCUUUAAACAAAUGUUCAAUAGUCUCUCUCUGGCGCUUUAAUAUUAAUUUAUAAGUUGUUAAUGUUUUCUCGUUGUUUUAAUAUAUUACACAUAUUUUCUUCAGGAUAUCGUUAGUCAUUGGAAUAUCACUUAAUAACAACAAUAUUGUUUUUUGCAUUUUCGAAGCCUAUCGAAAGUAAAAAUGCUGCCAUGUAUAGUGAUAUGACAACAAACUUUCGUACACAUAUAUAAUUAAUAAGAUAUAUAUUAAUAUAUAUAAUAUACGUAAUAAAUUAUAUCAAUAAACAUUGCUAUUCCAUGAAAUAAAACUUGUCACAUAUCAA